UCGGGCCUGAGGCCACUGGUUCCAGGCCUUUACGCGGUCGGCAUUAAGCCGAGGGUCCACCUCUGGUUCUUCUCCCGAAAACCUUAAAAGGAUCCUUUUUGCCCUAGCUCAUCUCCAAUCUCUCUGUCCGAACUUUUUAAUCGUCAGUAUCAGCUCCAUUGAACCAGGUACUCUCCCUCUGCCCCUCAUCGAACCAGGGAAUCUCUCUCUCUCUCCCUCUCGUACUCCCUCUCUACCUCAUCGAGCCAGGGAAUCUAUCUCCCUCUCUCUGUCUCUCCCUCUCUCUGUCGAACCAGGACCAGCGAUGAUUAGACUAUUCAAAGUCAAGGAAAAGCAGAGAGAAGCUGCUGAAAAUGCCAAUGGCAGAGCACCUGUCAAGAAGCAGAGUGCUGGGGAGCUUCGGCUGCAUAAAGAUAUCAGUGAGCUGAACCUACCCAAAAGUACCACCAUAUCAUUUCCCAAUGGAAAAGAUGAUUUGAUGAACUUCGAGGUUAGCAUCCGACCUGAUGAAGGAUAUUACCUUGGUGGUACCUUUUUGUUUACUUUUCAGGUAUCUCCUAUAUAUCCUCAUGAGGCUCCAAAGGUCAAGUGCAAGACAAAGGUAUAUCAUCCAAAUAUUGACUUGGAAGGAAAUGUGUGUCUUAACAUUCUGCGUGAAGAUUGGAAACCUGUAUUGAACAUCAACACCAUCAUCUAUGGCUUACAUCAUCUUUUCACGCAACCAAAUCAUGAAGAUCCUCUGAAUCACGAUGCUGCUGCAGUCCUAAGAGACAACCCUAAGAUGUUUGAGGUCAAUGUGAGGAGGGCGAUGGCUGGGGGCUAUGUGGGCCAAACCUACUUCCCCAGGUGCAUGUAAAAUGAAGUUUCCCCACCUCCUGGUCCUCGAAAAUAAUGUCAGAGCCCCAAACUCAAUAGCCCGGCUAUGCCCUAUUUCUGAAACCUUAGUGUUAUGGCUCAGUCCUGGUGCCUGAUUCUGUGUAAUUGAUGGGGUUCUGUGCCCUCUCUCCUCCUGUCAAAUCACAUUUGUGUAAAGUUGGGAAAUACUGGUUUGGUUUAUGCUUGUUUUGGUUUGGUUUGAAGGUGUAAACUGAUAUACUGUCAUGUGUAUGUUUCCAUCCCAAUGACUUCGGUAUCAUUUUGUAUGUGUAUUCUUCUAGGGGUUAAACCCUUUUAUUUAAGUGUGAAAGCCCUCAAAUAGUGAACUUUGAGGUGGCUUAGUGUGAAAGCCUCAAAUAAUGAACUUUUAGGUGGCUUAUAUGGUUAUUAAGUAACUGAAUAUCCCUUGUAACGGUACAAAGGACUAUUAGGAACAUGCUCAUAUGACCAUGCAUUUGGUA